AUGCCUUCCUCGGAUCGCCAAACUGCUUUAGAUUUAUACAAAUCUUCGGUUGAACUGGAAGUUGAGCUUCGUCAAGCUACGAAAUCUAGAUCGAUUUUUGACAAACAUGUUGCUACUUUACGCUCUAAGUUAAGAGAUACCUAUGAAAAGAUUAUUUUCCUAGAUUAUGAAUUGGCUCAAUCUAAGGAAGUUGAGCAGAAUUUGUGGAAGAAUGUGUAUUACAAGGUUAUCGAGGAUUUCAGGAAGAAGAUCCGUGCUUUACCCGCACCUAAUGUAAAAACUAAGUCAACCUCCAAAAAGUUGACCAGUUCUUUUCGUUCUUUUCUGCAUGAAGCGACAGGGUUUUAUUAUUCUUUUAUUCAGAAACUUGCGAUUCAUUUUGAAUUGAAGCAGUUGGAUCCAGUUAUCAAAAAAUUUGGUUUAACAAUAGAGCCCACUGAUGUCUCUCAACGUUCUUACUCUGAAGAUAUUAAACAACGAGCUGUUCUUAGUUGCCAUAAGAGUUUAAUUUUUCUAGGUGAUUUGGCUCGCUAUCGUGAAUUACACAGUGAUAGAUCAAACAAAAACUGGUCCACCGCAUGUGAUUAUUAUAAUCAUGCUAGACAGUUAGUUCCCGAGAGUGGUAAAUUUCUGAGGUUUAGUUAUGAUUAUGGUAACCCUCAUAACCAAUUGGCUGUUAUCGCUACUUACAACUCUGAUGACUUUUCUGCCGUCUACCAUUAUUACCGCAGCCUUGUUGUUAAACAUCAAUUUUUGACUGCAAAAGAUAAUAUUAGUCUUUUGUUUCAUAAGGCCCAAAGAUCCGCUACCGAUCCUCCUGACAGUGAAACCCAAAAAGAACAGCGAGAAUUUAGCGGAAAGAGACGUUUUUCUCAUCAACGUCAAGUUGCACAGUAUUUUGUAUCUAAAAGUAAAGUAAAUUUGGAAUCUUAUUCCGAAUUAAAAGAGUCUGUCUUGAAUCAGUUGAAAGAGUAUGCUCUUUCACGUACGUUAGAUCCCGAUCAUCUUUUAAAAUUAACCGCGAUAAAUAUGGCAGCAUUAUAUGUAAUUCGACUCAUUACCAACAGUGAAAAUGGGGCAAUUAACCAUAGUCCAAAAGUCAUUUCCGCAUAUUCACAAUCAUCCAAAAAGGCUCUUGUUGAGAAACAUUCGAUCUUGUUGGUAUUAGAUUCUCUAACAGCGUUAUUAGACAUGUGUAACUCUGAAUUAGCAGAUAUUUCUAUUGAUGGAUCAGAUAGGCAUAAUGCAGUCCAAAUUCUUCCUGCUCCUGUUAAACGAAGUCUUGCGACUCUUCGUGUUGGAACAAAAUGGGUUUAUUUGAGCCUCGAUUAUAUAGAAUCUAUGUCCACCGUUAUCUCCAAAGAUCCUAACGUUAAGGGCGAGUUUAUUAAUUUUGCUAGAUUUUGGGAAUAUUUUGCUGAAUUUCUUAAUACGAUGGAAAGAUUGUUCCCACAUGAGCAAGGCAUUCCUCUUGAUGUACCUUUAAAAGAAGAUUUUGAAUUAAAUGGAUUCCUGGUCCUUAAAAAUCAUCUAUUUAUUGACAAAAAUGCAUUGGCAGACCAGGGUGAGCCAUUUGAAGAGUUAGACAUGCGUAUUUAUGAUAUUUUUAAAGAUGCAAGAAGGAUUUCUGAUUCUGAGUUGUCCCAAUUAUUUUACUAUGACGGUAUUUUUAGUGCAAGCGAACCUCCUUGUAAAAUCAUUUCCCCUAUUGGCGCUCUUAGUCCAAUCGAACAUGAAAUUAUGGAAGAAUCUUAUGAUGUACCUAAAGUUAACCCCGAUUUGAUUAUUGACCGGGAUGAUGCUAAUUUAGCUGAAUCUCAAUCUUUUGCAUCAAGUAGUCCUAAGGGACAGAGUAGCGAUACAGCCGACGAUGAAACAGAAGAAGAAGUUAUCUUAUUCACCGGGCGUCAUUCGGCCAUUAUCGACAAUGAUAAUAAUUCAAGUGCCGCUGCCUUGUCUAAAAAAACUUCGCAUACCGAAAAAUUAGAUAGUCCAACAGCAGCUGAGUUCUUGUUGAACCAAGUUUUGAAUUCCAAUCAACAAGUUACUUCAUUCUCACCUGUUAGCAAACAAAAUGAACAACUAAAAUAUUGGAAUCAAUUCAAUACACCGCAAUUAUUCCCUACAAAUAAUACUUCCAUGCAAUAUGAUAAAUUAGAAACUAAAUUCGUAAAAGCAAAUUCUUUAGAUUACCUAACACCUGUAAGCAGACCAUCUACCACUAAUGGUUUUUCGAACAUAAAUACUGGUGCUUAUGAUUCAACUUCAUUUGCGAGUCCAACACCUGUCUCUGGGGUUCCCAACUCUUCGCAAGAUCCACUUGUUCCAUCUACAAAACGUUCAUUAAAUGAUUCCAAAUCAUCAUUAUCAUACCAAAAUGUAACUACCCCUUCGAGUGCUUCCUUAUUUGCUUUUCCGGAUGCGGAUGGUGGAGUGUCCCAAUUUGAUUUGUUUGGUCAUUCGAAUUCAAAUAUGAAUAAUUAUUCUGGUUCGACUAGUUUUUCUUCUACUGUGCCAACAACUUUAACAGCACCUCCUGGAUUUACUUCUGAUACACCCAACCUUGAUAUGGAUGAACUGGAUCAGCAACAAAACACUUACCAACAGUCUUUGUUUCAAACCUCCAACGCAUUCGGAUUCUCAUCAUUUGAUAUCAUGCGCACCCAAUUUCCAUUGAAGAAUGGUAAUGAUUGUUUAUUUAAUGGAAUGCAUGAUAAUAAAGUCAAUGGUUCUAAUGAAUUAGUUUAUCAAGGAGAAGAUAUGAAUAACGCUAGUACAAAUGAACAAAAUCCCAAUUCCUUAUUUUGGCUUAUGGAUUCCACCAAUAACAAUAUUACGACAUCAUCAAAAACAGGAGAUAAUGAAACUUUAUCGGAUCCAAAAGCAAGCGAUUCUCGUGAUAAAUUUCGCUACUUUUCACCUGGUUGGACUCCUGCGUCAAUUGGCUAA